AUGCUUAAGGCCCGGCCUCAAUAUGCUUCUCAACUCGACUUCGUGCAGAUUGACGAUUUUGAGAAACUUGGUGUUUUCGAAGAGGCCGUGAAAGGCAUUGAUGCAGUAAUUCAUGUCGCAAGUCCAUUUACAUAUGAUACGAAAGACAACGAAAAGGAGCUCAUAAUUCCAGCCAUCAAUGGUGUUCGAUCAAUUAUGGAAGCCGCUGCAGCUACUACUAGCAUUACAAGAGUCGUUAUCACAUCGUCAUUUGCUUCGGUGCUCGACGUGAACCGGAAAGCACCUCCUUAUUUCACAUAUACAGGCAGUGAUUGGAAUCCACUUUCCUACGAGGAAUCUGCCGACCCGGCUACUAGUGCCGUGAUAGCAUACCGUGGAGCGAAGAAGUUUGCUGAGUUAGAAGCUUGGAAGUUUAUCGAAGAGAAGAAGCCACACUUCGAUAUUGUCACUCUGUGCCCGCCGAUGACCUUUGGCCCUGUAGUUCACCCUGUGAACGGCGUUGCAGCAUUGAACGAAUCGAAUGCAAUGCUGUGGAAAAUUGCGAGUGGCGCGCAACCGUUGCCUGUGGCCCGCGUGCCAUUCUGGAUUGACGUGCGUGAUUUGGCUCAGGCUCACGUGGAAGCACUUGUUCGACCAGAGGUUGGGGGGAAAAGAUAUGUGCCGGCUUCGCCAGAGCGCUUCUCUUACGGGUUAGCCGCCAACAUUAUGGCUGAUAAUUUCGAAUGGGCGAAGGGUCAGGUGGUACAGGAAGAGCAACCCAUUGAUGAAUCUCAUGGUCUAGAUGGCGAGACUGCCGCUAAAGAGCUCGGGUUGGACUACAAGACCUUCAAGCAGACCGUGGUGGAUUUAAUAACGCAAGCGGUGGAGAUGAGGGACACGAGUAGUUAG